AUGGCUAAGAUAAUGCAUGCUAAUUGUCAGCUCAUAAAGCAUGCUUUUAGCUCACUUAGCAUGCUUUGUAGGAAACCCAGAUUAUCUGGUAGGGCAAUUUGUGAAAUAUGUGCUGUAUCACGUCAUUCAAAGAAAGAAAUAGGAAGAUGCUUCAAACUUAUUCGUCAAGCAGCAAACCCAGCAAUGAAUACUGUAUCAACUACUGACUUUAUGUCAAGGUAUUGCACUAAUCUUGGUCUGCCAUUACCAGUUCAGAAAGCAGCUAGCUUCAUUGCACAGAAAGCCGUUGAGCUUGACCUUGCUCCAGGACGAGUUUAUCUAUCUGUUGCUGCUGCCUCUAUAUACAUGGCAUCUCAAGCAUCUGACAUCAAGAAGACACAGAAAG